CCGCAUCCGCAUGCUUCCCGAUUUGUCUCCGUUUCUCCUGUACCCCCUGUUCUCCGACCUACAGAAGGCCGCUGAAGAAGGUCUUGUCAUCGUCGUCAAUGCUAGUCAGUACAGCUGCGAUGCCUUGAUUGUCCACCGUGACCACAAUCCUGUCCACAUUUCAAUUGGUAUCACGCGGAUCGAAGUCUCUGAGUUGUCCUCCGAAUUUUAGUCCGUCGCAGAGCAAUUUGGUUGUUCCGAUCGUCAGAACAAGCUUGUGUGCAUCCUCCGCAAGCUUUGGUAUGAUAUCAUUGACCCCAUGGUCUGAGCCCUUAAGAUGUCGAAUGUUCACCCUAGCUCGCGUAUCUAGUGGUGUCCCACCGCUGAAUUCACUUUACUUCCUUUACAUGCAGCAGGACCCUAUGAGAAGGGGGGAGACAGCUUGUCACAGAUUUACAUCUCCUCUUGUACCCCCAC